AUGUACGGGCUGCUGUGUGAGAGCCUUCACGACUUCAUCAAGGAGUCGUACGGAGAAGAUGUGUGGAAGCUGGUCAGAGAGAAAGCAGAUAUCAGGUUACACUCUUUUGUCACCCACCAGGUGUAUAGUGAGAGUGUGAUUCCCCGUAUUGCAAAGGCUGCCAGUGGAGUGACAGGCACGCCCUACAACGAGCUGAUGAACUCCUGGGGCAUCUAUUUCCUGGGCUUUGUUGGGAAGUACGGUUAUGACAAGAUCCUCAAGGUGCUGGGCCGCCAUGUUCGUGACUUUGUCAAUGGCCUUGAUAAUCUCCACGAGUAUCUGCGCUUCAGCUACCCCAAGGUGCAGCCUCCAACCUUCUUCUGCCAGGAGGAGUCCACCACUGGGGUCACCCUCCACUACAGGAGUAAACGCAAAGGCUACCUGUACUAUGCCAUGGGUCAGCUGAGGCAGAUGGGGAAGCAGUUCUACGACACCGACAUCCAUGUGGAGGUGCUGUCUGAGCAGAUGGUCGGAGACUACUCCCAUGUCACCAUGAGGCUGAACUUUGACAACUCAGCCUAUCGCUACAUCAUGAAGGAGGAGGAGGAGGAGGAGGAUCAAGACAUCUUGCCCAUGACCUCGGACUUCUUCUUUGAGGUCUUCCCCUUUAACAUUGUCUUCAGACAGGACAUGGUGGUGCAUAACGUUGGCUCGGGCUUGGCCACUGUCUUCCCUGAUCUGGAUGGAAAGAAGAUCAAUGAAGCCUUCUUGCUGGCUCGCCCCCUUGUGGAGUUAACCUGGAGCAUGAUUACCUCCCACCCCAACAACCUGUUUGAGAUCAUGUCCAAGGAGCCUGUGAAAAAAGAGAGGAACCUUCACAACCGAGUCCAGAAUACAGACUAUGAAAAUGCCAAUCGCACUGCUGACGGAGAUGUGGAGCUCAUGGCUUUCCAGUCCCUCAUUGGAGAGGAUUACAAAGACAGCAACAGUGCUAAUGCGAUAGAGAGCUGGGGCGAUGGGAGCCGCUGCCUAAAACUAAAAGGACAAAUGAGAUACAUGCCAGAGUGGGAGUCCAUCAUCUUCCUGGGAACCCCUGUGAUGGAGAGUCUGAGUGCUAUGUUCAGGACCGGCCUGUACAUCAAUGACCUGAGCAUGCACGACUCCAGCAGAGACCUGGUGCUGGCGGGCACGCAGCAGUCAGAGGAGCUGAAGAGAGCUCUCAUACAGGAGCAAAAGAAGUCCAUGAAACUGGAGGAGAGCAUGAAGCUGUUGGACUAUGAGAUGAAGAAGACUGAUGACCUGCUGUACAGGAUGAUUCCCAAGCCAGUGGCCAAGAGGCUGCGCAAAGGAGAGCCGUCUGUGAACACCUGCGAGGUGUUCCCAGAUGUGACCAUUCUUUUCAGCGAUGUCGUGGGAUUUACGCGCAUUUGCAGCCGCAUCACUCCAAUGCAGGUGGUCACCAUGCUGAACACCAUGUACACGCUGUUUGACACGCUCAGCGAGAAGCACCACGUCUUCAAGGUCGAGACCAUCGGAGAUGCCUACAUGGUGGUAGCCGGGGCUCCGGACAAGACAACGUUUCACGCUCACAACAUCUGUGACAUGGCCCUGGACAUGGUGGGCUCCAUAGACCACCUGAAAGACCCCUCCAAUGGCAACCACAUACAGAUUCGUGUCGGGAUCCACUCUGGGAUGGUUGUGGCAGGUGUGGUGGGGCAUAAGAUGCCACGAUACGGUCUGCACGGUGACACAGUCCACACUGCGUCAGCCAUGGAGAGCAAUGGAAAGGAGAUGCACAUUCAGCUCACCAGCGCCACCUACGAGCACCUGAAAGGAGGUCACUUUAUUUGUGAAAGGAGGGGCACCAUUAUUAUCAAGCAACACACAGUGAUGCUGUGUCUCUGA